AUGGAUCCGCUUCUCCGCAAGCCUGGCUGGCCUUCGGGCCGCGUGCCCGUCGAGGUAUUCUGCUUGAUCGUAGAGUACUUACCCAAGCGCGCCACUCUUGAGACACUACGCCUCGUCAACCGGGAAUUCUACACAAAGUUGCAAUAUCAAUUCUUCCAGCACUUGGUAAUCAAUGUGGGCUUAAUGUUCGACACUUCACCGGAUGGUCCGACCGCUGAUGACAUUACCGAGUACAUUAUGAAGUCCAAUCUGCUUAACCACGCGGCCCCAUUCGUCUGUCGCAUCGGAUUGGCGCUGGAAAUGACGGAGCAAGAAAUAGCAUCUCCCGAAAUUGACGAGGAAGAUGAAAUCGAGAUCCGCGAGUGGGGUGUGUACAGAUGGCCCGUUGUUCCCGGCAGUCGUCGUUCUGAAUCACGCCUGGAAAAGAUCACCAACUCGUUGGAACGCUCGAAAGGAAUCUACCAUGUCUUGAGCAUGGUCAAGCAGAUCCAUGAAUUCGCCUUAUCAUGCGAUGGCGGUUUGGGCUAUCUCCAAGGCCCGGAUCUCAGUCUCUUUCAGCCACCGGGUCCGCAACCAAUUUUCGGCGAACCCAACCAGAUUCGAGCGGUCGCAGACAACUCACUGCCCUCUCUUCAGGUCAGCUUCAAGAGGCCUUAUAAGCUAGAAACGAUAGAAAAGCGACUAGCUGCCAAGGGACUUCCCGAUAACGUCAUAUCGGAUACGAUGAAGAGACUCUUAGAGACUGAAGGAAUCAGCAUGAAAGAAUUUACCCAUGAGGACCGAACCCGAGCUCCCCUUCCCGUGAGCCGUUAUGGCGAGGAAAAGGUCACCCGAUCUCCCUCUUCGCCCAGUGAUUACCGUUUGCUACCGGAUCAGCUCACGGAAACCCAGGCGAGAUUCAUAUUCCAACAUGUUACAGCACAGCAAGCCCUCGUGCAGUGCUUUAUAUUUACUGUGAUCGACCACGGCAAAUCUUACAAAUCCUUGACUAAGCUCAAUAUCGCGCGUCUUUCAAGCUUCCAUGUGCAUUUACUGUGCCGCGAUGACUUCUGGUCUAAGGAGAACCUACCUAAACUCCGGGAGGUGUCUCUGGGUAUUGUGCCUGACUGGAGAUCAGUGACCAUGAAAGACUCUUACACCAUAGAGACGAGACAGGUUUAUCCUACCGACGCGCUGCCUAAAGUCUUCAAGUUACUCAACGAUCAUAUCGGUCGACAAGAACGAAUCCAGCGACUCCAUUUUGAGUGGCUCUGUGGUGGCGAGCUGGCUCCUGGCUGUCUCCAAAGAAACAAUUACGUCUUACCAGCGCCAUUCUUAAAGAAGCACCGACUGGUGAUCUUUUCAGGAAAGGAGAAUCUUCUUAUCCUCCCUUACGUUACACACUUGUCUCUCAAGAACUGCUGGUUCGCUCCGAACGUAUUCUAUCGCAUCAUCCGCACUAUGGCUAAGAAACACGCUCUCGAGUCUCUUGAGUUGGAAACCGUCUCUCUGACCGGCCCUCCCCUCCCAAAAGGUGCGAAAGAUCGUGAUGUGGAUUAUGUGCCAUGGACUAGGUCACUCAGUGCCCCACAAGGCAUAGAUCUCCCGGGCCUGAUUAAAGAUCCUCUCACCCUCUCCUGGUCUCAUGUCAUCGACAUGCUGACACCGGGUCCAACAAUCAAACAGCGCGUCUUCUCGGAGAAAUUCCCCACCGAGCCGCAGUUGCACAUUGAAAAGCGACUGAAGCUCCGAAAGCUCGUAUUCAAGUCCUGCGGCUAUGUAGUGCUGCCGGAUUCCCGUUUCGUUUCUAACAGGCGCUUCUCUAAACUAGCCUACCCGGUUGAGCUCAGAAAAGGUGUCCGGAUGAUAACCAAGGAACAUAACGCCAACCGGCAAAAGUUGGUCCGUUUCAUGCAGGUCAACACGGACAGACAUCUAGGCCGAAUAAACGACCUAAUUGAUCCUCGCGAGGAGCAUUCCAUGCGAAUUGUCUUUGGACUUCGCACGGGCUGGCCCGAUGCAUACGGAAUCACUCAUUUCCGAGCUUCCGUGCGAGACGGCAUCCCAUGCCCUGGCCACGGCCGCUUCAGCGGCACCAUCGACGCUGAUUCUUUCAUGGACAUCGUUCCUGACGGCGAACCCCAAGCUUACAAAUUCAGCAUGUCGGCGUACAAUCUUGACUACCAGGACGAUGAUGAAAAAGACCUCGAGGGUAUGAUGAGGCAAUUCGAGUUGGAGAUGGAGUACAAACUCCCUUGA